AUGUCGAACGCACCGACUCUGAUCGACCUCCCCCCUCCCCCAUCUGACCCCGUCACACCCUCCGACAUCCCCGGCACCCCCAACUCAACCACAACCUCCAUGUCCGAGCUCUCCACCGUCGCCAUCAAAGACGGCCACCGCGGGCACCUGCACCACCACCACCACCACCCUCAACCCCUCGACGCGGAGCGCGCCGAUCGAAUCUCGCGCCUCGCGGGCCUCGAGCGCGUCUCGACAACGCGCACGCCCUCCGGCCUCGCCAACGCAGCCACCAGCUCCGGCAGCUACAGCGGCCCGGGCCAGCAGAACCCCAACAACCCCGCCUCCGGCGCCGGCUUCUUCGACACCACAAACCCGCAGCUCCUCUACCACCGCGAACGCAGCACCGUUGGCUCUGCGUCCGCGACGGGGAGUGUGGGUGGUCGCACGACGUGGGCGAGUGGUAGCGAUGUGUAUGAUCCGGAUAAGAUGAGCGAGGACCAGGACGCCGAGGUCGAGACGAGCAGUGUCGGCGGCAUGAGCGAUGAGGCGGGCAGUCUUGUCGCGUUUGGAGAGGGGGCGCGCACGCCUGCGAGGCAGUUGAGUGGGCUGCAGAGUCCUGCUGUGGGCGGUGGGCCGAAGGUGGCGAUGAAUACGCAGGGGACGAGCGCGAGUGCUAUGUUGAGCGCGAGCGCGGUGCCGAGCUACCUUAGGGAUAGGGAGAGGGAGAGGGAGCAGACGGUACUCAUGCAGAUGACGCCGGCCGCGGACCCCCAGGCCCAGGACGCUCGCAUGAUCGACGGCAUGACGUACGACUCUGGCGUUGUGGAUACGGCGAAUCGCACUCCGCUGCCCGCCUAUGCCUCCGGCGCGACAGAUACGGCCGAACGCAACAUGCGCGAGAGGGCCGAAGGAGGAGAUGGAGUGGCAGAUGGGCGAAUGGGGUUUCCGGACGAGGGGGCGAAUGGGGGGAGGGGCAUGGGGAAGCUCAACUUUGCGGGUAAGCGCUAA